GUCGCGCUGGUGUCGGAGAUCAGCCAGCAGCUGGUGGAGCGCAAGAACGAGGCGGUGUCCGAGAUCGGCAGCACCUUCGAGGAGCUGGAGAGGGCCCUGCAGCAGCGCAAGGGGCUGCUGGUGCGCGACCUGGAGGCCAUCUGCGGGGCCAAGCAGAAGGUGCUUCAGGCACAGCUGGAGGUGCUGCGCCAGGGCCAGGAGAACAUCCUGAGCAGCUGCGCGUUCACGGAGCAGGCUCUGCACCACGGCACGGCGCCCGAGGUGCUUCUGGUGCGCAAGCAGAUGAGCGAGAGGCUGAGCGCUCUGGCCAGCCAGGAGUUCCCCGAGCACCCGCACGAGAACGACCAGCUGGACUACGUGGUGGAGACCGACGGCGUGCGCAAAUCCAUCCUCAACCUGGGCGUGUUGAUCACCACCAGCGCCACGGCGCACAAGACGGUGGCCACGGGCGAGGGGCUGCGGCACGCGGUGGUGGGGCAGCCGGCUUCGCUCAGCGUCACCACCAAGGACAAGGACGGCGAGUUGGUGCGCAGCGGCAGCGCCUGCCUGCGCUUCGUGGUGACGGGGCCGGACGGUGGCGCGGCCGAGAGCGAGGUGCAGGACAACAAGAACGGGACCUACGAGCUGCUAUACACGCCGCGCGCCGAGGGCGACUUCCAGCUGUCCAUCGCGCUGUACGGGCAGCCCAUCCGCGGCAGCCCCUUCCGCGUGCGCGCCGUCAAAGCCAGCGACGUGCCGCCGUCCCCGGAUGACGUGAAGCGCCGCGUCAAGUCGCCCAGCAGGGGGCACAUCCGGCAGAAGGCGGUGCGUCGGCCCUCCAGCAUGUACAGCAGCGGCAAGAAGAAGGAGAACCCCAUCGAGGACGAGCUCAUCUUCCGCGUGGGGAGCCGCGGGCGGGAGAAGGGCGAGUUCACCAACCUGCAGGGCAUCUCCACCUCCAGCACCGGCCGCAUCGUGGUGGCCGACAGCAAUAACCAAUGCGUGCAGGUGUUCUCCAACGAGGGGCAGUUCCGGCUGCGCUUCGGUGUGCGCGGCCGCUCCCCAGGGCAGCUGCAGCGCCCGACCGGCGUCACGGUGGACAUGAACGGGGACAUCAUCAUCGCCGACUACGACAACCGCUGGGUCAGCAUCUUCUCCCCCGAGGGCAAAUUCAAGACGAAGAUCGGCGCCGGGCGGCUGCUGGGCCCCAAAGGCGUCGCGGUGGAUCGCAACGGGCACAUCAUCGUGGUGGACAACAAGGCGUGCUGCGUCUUCAUCUUCCAGUCCAACGGCAAGCUGGUCACCAAGUUCGGGAGCCGCGGCACGGCCGAGCGGCAGUUUGCAGGUACACUCGAUGGUAAUACCACGGGCACGGCCCUCCUCCUUACUGCAUGCCUUGGGCUGCCUCUGCUCGGGGCCGGCUGAGUACUGAGCUCUGCCGACCUGCGGCACCGCGGCACCCAGGGGGGGAUGGAGAUCGGGCCGGGCUGGGCUCUGGGCUCAGAUUCCAGCUCCGUGUUCUGGGUUCUGGAGCCGGGCUCAGGGUCCGGGUUCCGGUUCUGGGUCCUGGUUCCAGGUUCUAGAUCUGGUUCUGGUGCAAGGGUUAGGGUUUGGUCUCUAGGCUCUUGGGUUCCAUUUCUGGGUCCUGAUUCUGAGUCUUGGCUCUAGUUCUAGUUCUGGUGCUGGAGCUGAGCUCAGGGUUCCAAUUCUGGGUUCUGCAUGCUGAUUUCUGGGCUUGUGUCCCAGUUCUGGGUUCUCAUUUUCAGUCUUGAUUCUGAAUGCUGUGUUCUAGGGCUGAGUUCUGGGUCCAAGUUCUGAGAUCUGGUUCUGGGCUCCGGGCUCAGGUUCUAGUUUCAAGUUUUGGAUUCUGGUUCUGGGUGCAAGGUUCUGGGCUUGGGUUCUAGGUCCCUAUUCUGGAUCCCAGUUCUGGGUCCUGGACUGAGGUUCUAGGUCCCAGUUCUGGGUUUCGGUUCUGACGCUGGACUCUGAGUUCCACUUCUAGGUUCUGGGAUCUGGCUUCCAGUUUUGAGUAUUGAAUUCUUGGUUUUGGACUCCAGUUCUGGAUCCUGGUCCUCAGUCCUGUUUCUCGGUCUUGGUUCUGGGUGCCGGGCUCUGGGCUUGGGUUCUAGAUCCCAGUCCUGGGUCCUGGCCACAUCUCUGGGUUCUGCCCCACGGGUCGGGUGUUGGGUCCCCCCAGCUCUGCGC